AAAAGAACAAUGGUCAAAGGAAAAACUGAACAGAUGAACUCAAAUUAAGUUAAUAUAAAAGAGUUGAGGAUGAUUCAUUUCCUUGUCCCCCAUGUGACGCUCUUUGUCUGUAUCUCCCUGUCAACCUUUAUCUUUCUCCCAUUUGCUGUUUUCCUUCAGGAUCAUGGCUUUUGUGAUGCUGUCUAUGAUGCUCAGCUGGGCCUCACUGGGAGCCAGCACCGCUACAGCUGUGGGCACCAGUGACUUCUGCGUUUCUCCAGACAAGUUCAUUGUGAAUCGAACCCAGGAUUUCCUCACUGCAGAUGUUGCACACUAUUAUUUGUUCUGCAGUCCAAAUCUACCAAACCCCUUCCAGCAGUCUCUGACGAUCUGCCAACGCUCUGUGACCACCAUGCAAAUUCAGAUCCAGGGUUUGCUGCAGUUUUCGGUGCCCGUGUUUCCUACUGCUGAGAAAGACCUUUUGGGGAUCCAGCAAAUGUUGAACUCCACUGAGUUCAGUCUACACCAGCUAACAGCCUUCCUUGACUGCCGCGGGCUACAUAAGAACUACCUGGAUGCCCUAAUCGGUGUGUGUUAUGAUGGGGUGGAAGGGCUCCUCUACCUGUCUUUGUUCUCUCUGCUGGCCGCCUGUGCACUCUCUGCCAUGCUGUGCACGGUUCUCAGACUGUGGACUAUAAUGGGCAGCAGGGAUAAGGAAUAUGACGACAUAGACGAGGAGGAUCCCUUCAACCCUCAAGCGCGGCGGAUUUCAUACAACUCCAGAAGGUCUAACAUCCACAGUUUCUGUAGCUAUACCAGUAGCCUCGGCAGCCAGACCAGCCUUCAUCCACCUCCGCAAUACGCUUCUAAUGUUAUGCCGCCCCCUGAAUACAUGAAUCAGGCCAUGCUGUUCGGAGGCAGUCCUCGGUAUGAGAACGUACCACUGAUAGGGGGAGGAUCCCCGCCGCCCUCGUACUCGCCCAGUAUGAGGACCACCUAUCUAUCUAUGACUGAAGCUCAGAUCAGGCACUUUGGGACUGACUUCCAGGUGUAGCCUGAAAUCUACUGAAUCAUUGAAUACUUUUCAGAGAAGCACAAUCUGAAACUCUGAACUCAUACCAAGGAGGAUGUCUUCACGGCAUAAUCCUGUUUACAGGAGCUGUAGCCCACCGUCCUCAUCUGAGAUAUAAAAUGAGGCAAUUACCUCAGUACCACUCCACUGUUGUGCUACCGGAGCCCUGGGUACAGUAUUGAACAGAGGGAGCUGGUGUUACUGUUAUCGUUACAACAUAUGAACGUUACUAUUAGCCAAAAACUAAGAACCUUUGAACUGAUUGGAGUUUUGCUUUUUGCUUUUGAGUGGCUUUGCAUGGACAUGAUGAUCAUGAAGGACAGUAUUUGUAU